CGCUGUAGGAAUGUGGCACUUUUAAAAGUUCUACUAAUUUUCGGUAAAGGUUCUUUUGCUGUUUAAGUUAGCCUUUUUACUAUAUGUCUGCAUUCUCUCGAACAGUUUGUGUACGCGAGAGCAAUUCUUUGAAUGAAUUAACAGUUCUCAUUGAUGAGUUUGGUUACCUUAUAGCUCACUGAUGUACGUACGUAAUAAAUUACCGCUUAUCUAACUGGUCAUAUAUACCUGCUGCCAGUGGCCAUUAUAUCAUUCGAAUACCUAUUACUUGUAUUGAAUAAUAUCGCGCUACGUGAUUUAGAGGUAUUUAGAAGAAGCUUCAGUGCGCUGACACACUUAUCGGCCAGAUGACUUCCAUUAGGAUUUGCAUGCGUAAUCGCUUCUGAACCUAACAAGUUGUAUGUACCCAUAACGGUUGUUCCUCGUGAUUAUUCCCAAAAUAUGUCCAAAUGAUUAUAUCACUGCGUCAUGAAUCUUCAGUAACCAACCAACUCGUUCUAAAGAAUUUCAGUAAGUGGUAUUCCCUAAAGUAGCUUUGAGUUGGUUUUUGUGUACAGUCUAGCAUUUUGUGCCUAACUAUUUGCUCGGGUUCCUUCGUCAGAUAGAAUGUGAAAUUUCAGGUUUCAUUACUUGUACUAUUCUUGUUCAAGAAUCUAUGCGGUAGGAUCGUGUUUAUUCAAGAACCUGAUAUAAAUAUCUCCAUUUAUUUGACACUCGUCAUUCUAGUUUUCUGAAUCCUCUUAUUCACCUUAACUUCAGUCACUGGACCCACCUGCUCGUCCAAAAUGUCUUCUGAAAUUCUACUGUAACUCAGUCGUCGUUUAUCGAUUCCAAAGCAAAAUAUGUAUUCUGGUUAUUUUAGUUCUCUUGCAUUGUUCAUGGUAUUUUACAAAGCACUAAAUAAGUGUGAAAUUUUCAUGAAAAUAUUUUUUCGUCGUUGCUUACUUUCACUUAUGUGUGGCGAAUGUUAAUUUAAUGUGACUGAAGCUCCGCAUUUUGACUGUUGGAAACAUUGCUAGUCGAUAAAUGUUUUACUGAAGCUUUUGUUAAUUUUACUUGGGUCACCGAUAAGUUUCAACAAGUGUCAAACACAGUAGAUGUUUUCCAACCAGCCUUUUGGAGACAGACAUAAAGUAAGCUUCAUACACAGCCAAAUCAUACAGGUUUCCCGUCUUUCAAACAUAGUCAGUUAUCUGCAGAUGGUAGAUAUUUUCAUCUGUUUAGUCAUUUAAAGGGUACUCUGUUCCUAAAUGAUUGCUUCAUUUAAAGUUAAUAAAUCAACUAACGCUUCUAGGUAGAAACUCCACCUUUCCGUAUUUGUCUCAUAUAUUUGAACUGUGUAAAAUAAUUUCACAUAGGUUUGGUUCGUCUGUACAUGUUCAUUUUCUAGUAUCAUACUUGUCGGUUGUCGAUUCUGUUCCAAAUAGUCGUUUUAUUUAGUGAAAGAGAAGGUUUAAUAAGGUCUGUUGAAGUCUAAGCUUUGUUUGGAAUACAUUGUCUUAAUUAACGAUUUCUAUAAUCUUCCACCAUAUUGAUCGGCUAUCUCUGAGCUGAACAGUUACCAGACUUCUUGAAUUGAUUGAGUUCCCCUAGUUAUUUCGAAAUUCAUAUAUUUUGUUGGAGUUGCUGAGCAGUUUUGUCAUUGAUUAAAACCCACUUAUUAUAGUGUGAACAGCGUAGUUUCGUUCGGUCUUGCCGAUACAAUAAAUAAAUUGCGAUUCGAAACUCCAUGGCUACUAAAUUUAACUUACUUCGGGCAAAAUAUCAUUGUUUAUGGCGGUAAACUUGUCUUAGUAUACGAACAAUAUUAUUCAGUGUACGUGUUCAAGUAUCCAACUUAUUUAACAAUUACACUGGUAAAUUGCAACACAAUUUGUCUUAGCAUUAUUUCUAUGGAAUCAUUGUUCCGGAAAUAAAACCUGGCACAAUGUACCAAGCAAAUACAGGAGGAUAAUUACAACUUCAAUAAUAUCUGUUGCUUACGCCAUGUGUUAUAAACGUUUGUUCUGUGUUUGAAUUUAAUUUUCCACUUGGAAGUCUAACUCACUAAUGAAAUCUUGUUGUGUGCUUCUUUCUAAAAAAAUCAUUUGUGCUACUUAUAUUUUAACAGUAGAUUGAGAUUUAACCCUAAACGAUCCUAACGUUUUAAGGUCAUGUACGAAUAAUGAAGGAUAUCUUUCAGUUGCUCUUAAGGCUUCAUGCUAGAAUACAAUUUCUGUCCCGUGAAAUUGAUUUGGCAUAUGUUAAGGAUCUGAGUGGAAAUAUAAAGCUUUUACUUAUACGUGGGUUCUUAGCUGAAAUUAUUAUUCAUAAAUUAUACGCUGAGUUAUGAAUGAGGCAUAAACCCUUUAUAAAAAAUAUAUGACUGGUUAAUAUAUUUCCUCAUUUUUAUUUGUUUUCUGGUAAAAUUUUGGCCUUUACACUCCGCUUUCUCUCAGUCAGCUACCAUGGCAACAGACGAAGACUUAUCAUAUUCUGACGAUGCAUUUGAAGGGGAAGACAAAGAAGAUACAGAUAUGCUAAACUCAGCAGAAACUUACAACGACUACCAUCAACAAAUACUUUUUUAUCGCAAUUUUGACUCGGUUUCAGGACGAAGUCUUCAAAGACCUAAAACAAGAAGAAGACGAUGGACUCAGCGAGACAUGACAAACGCGUACAACGCAGUCAAGUAUCAGGGAAUGUCGCUUCGUGGAGCUGCGACAGCCUUUAAUGUUCCCGAAUCUACUCUUCGUGACAGAGUUCACGGAAGAGUCAGUUUAGAAUGCUCUCGACCAGGCCCCCCAACAUUUUUCACCUAUGAAGAGGAAAAGAAGAUGGUGGAUCAUAUCUUAUUCAUGAGUAAAAUCGGUUACCCAUAUACCCGAAAUCAAGUAGUCGAACUCGCUGGAGACAUGACUAAAGCGGUCGGGCGGAUAGCUCCAUUUAAAUACCUUAAUCCAAGUCAGGCCUGGUUUUAUGCUUUUCUUAAUCGAUGGCCAGACCUAAAGAAUUUCUUGUUCGGACCUCGAAGUAAUCGGAAAUCUAAGGGAGUUUCAGGUGAUUCUAUACAGUCUUAUUUUGAACAGCUCGAAAAGGUUCUAAAUAAAUAUGGUAUCAAAGACAAGGCCGAACAUUUUUGGAUUGUUGACGAAGUAAGCAUAAGCUGCGAGAACCAACCCCCACGUAUUCUUCCCAUCAGUAUACAACGAGCUCAAUCUGUUAGCUAUUGGAAUCCGACUGUUGCAAUGCUUGGAGCUGCUAACGGUGUUGGUGAAAAAAUCCCUCCUUUCCUUAUUUAUCGAGGUGAUGGGAUAACAUCAUCUAUGAUGGAAGGAUCCGUACGAGGGACUAAAUUUUCAUAUUCAGCUUCGGGUUGGGUUAAUUCUGAUGCUUUUAUUCAAUGGUUUCUUAAACAUUUCCGUGUAUUAGUAUCUGUUCGACCGCUUAUAUUAUUUUACGACGGUCAUUUACAAUUUGUUAGUGUACGUGUCUUAGAACGCGCUCGUGAAGACGGCGUUUUCCUGUUUCCACUCCCUCCCCAUCCAGCUUAUAAUCAUUGCGUAGAAAAUACAUGUUUCUGGGCAUUUCAGGGUUAUUUCAAAAAACGUUUGGAUCGCUUUUUUGAACAAAAUCCUAAUCAACCACUUUUACGUAAUAACGCUUCACCUAUAUUAACUCAUGCUUAUGAAAAAGCUUUACAACCAAAUAAUAUGAUUAGUUUGUUUGAAAGAUUGGGAAUUUGCCCAUUUAACAAUUUAUCCUCAUCAAUUGGCGCCUAUUUGAACAUGACAGAAGAUUAUGAACAAAAUAGUUUGGCUGUAGAAAAUGUGGAUCCAUAUUUAGUUAAUGAAAUGGCGAAUCCUUAUAACCAGUGGUCUAAACUAGGAUGUGCAUCAAACUACCUCAAUUAUGUUAAUCCAAAUGGAGAUUCAAAAGACCAUGUAAUCAAUUCCUCGAAUGAUUCGCAUCAUCCAGUUGCAGCUGUCACUAAACUAGCUACGUAUGUAACUGAUAAUACUGAAAAUCCCUUAACUUCCAAUUCCACUGUGGUUAAUUCCAAACCGACUGCAACUGUUCUUACUUCCCAUGAAAACACAUUUAAAACUCAGCAUACUGUUUUAACACAGUUUUCUUCUUCAGGGCGAUCAGUUACUAUACGUUUGCAUGGUCCUGCAGCAAAUGCUAUUCAACCUGUUUCUUUGCAUGAAGAAUUUUCAUUUCAUCAGAUCAAAGAUCCUCCGUCAUUUGACGUUUUAGCUAGUUCAGAUGUGGAUAUUUCGCAUGAAGAAGAAGUUGACUGUGAAGUUUCUAAUUCUCAAUUAAUACAAAGUGAAACACCCAGUCACACUAGUCAGUAUUUCCAGGUAUCUGAAACAGAAAGUGGUCAUGGUCCCGUGAACGGUGGAGUUAUUGAAAGUAUUGAUGGAGUGGAAGAUGGUGAAGCACUCGACUUUUGUGUUGUUUGUGGUCAGUUAGAACCUCCAGAGUUAUCUUGUCAACCAAUUUCUGAUCAGGCUAAUGCUGAUGAUUUACAGGUUAUUGAUUGGGCACAUUGUGAUUACUGUAACCGUUGGGUGCAUCUUAAUGGCUGUUGUAGUGAGGGUGCUGUAAUAGGAAAUAAUUCAUUUAUGUGUGUUGUUUGUCGGAACGAUAGUACAACAACGGUGGGAAGUGUAAGAAAUCUUCAACAAGAAAUAGUGCUGACCAAAACUGACAGUGGGGAGCAAGAACAAUCGAUGGAUGUUAAAGUUUAGAUGUACAAAAAUAUUGUUUUUAUUCUCUUUUUUAUUGUCUUCCAUUGAGGUAAUUGUGUAUCAUGUACAUAGAGACUGAUACAAAAUAUUUUUGUAACGAACCAGGGAAGUUUUUACAUUCCAAGUUGUAUUUUUGUUUAGUUUCAUUGCACAAGUUGCUUAUGUUCAGUUUGUUUUUAUUCUUUACAUGAGAUAAACUUUAUGAAAACCUUUUAUACUAUAUUGUAUAACUGGCAAAUUAACUGUUGUUUAAAGCUUUCGUGCCCAGUAAACAAUUCGUUUGUAUGUUUGUAAAAAUAUUUUUAUCAUCCUUUGAACACAAAGUUGAGUUUACCCUCUAAUUCACGUAAUAGUUUAUGUUCAUUGUGUAAAUGAUCCUCUUUAUAAUCUACUUCUUAUCCAUUGCCUUUCCCUCCAACUGUGGCUGUGCCAAUUGAAUUUGUAGAUAGAUAAAAUUGUGAUUUUCUUAUUAGAAAAUAUAAUAUAAAACGCUG